AUCUCGGGCCAAGAAAGUCACUUAUCAAAUCACGAUUAAGUCAAAGUGAAAGAAAUGUCUACCGAUGAGAAAAUCGAAGUUGGUGAUAAAAAGGUGGCAAAGAAGAAGUUAGAUCUGGACGACGUGCUGACGGAGGAGCUGGGGCAGCUGGGCAAGUAUCAGCUGGUAACUAUCCUGCUGGCGGCGUUCCCGGUCAUUUUUCAAGCGAUUGCUUCUGGUGAAUAUAUUUUUACCACUGCGAGAAUAUCUACCAGAUGCUUUAUACCACAAUGCGAUGGGGAAAAUCCUGAGUAUGCGCCAGAAUGGGUACUUAACGCCAUCCCAGGGACCAGCAUGAGCAGCUUCGACAACUGCGCGCGAUAUCGGAACAGCUCCGCGGCGAGCGGCGGCGGCGCGGGACAGUGCGCUAAGGAGUGGUUCGACUCCACACAGACUGAGCCUUGCGACGAGCACGUGUACCAGAACACGCUGAGCAUCGUGUAUGACUUUAGGUUGGCGUGCAACGAAUGGAAGCGAUCGCAGAUAGGCUCGAUCCGAACGAUAGGAACAAUGUUGGUACAGCCAAUUACUGGCUACAUCUCGGACCGCUGGGGCCGUCGCGUGGCCCUCAUCAUCAACGCCUUCAACACCGCUUGGUUGGGGCUCGCCAGGUCCUUCGUCCACUCCUACGAGUGGUUUCUAAUCACUGAGGUCCUCGGGACAUCUGUCGGCGCUGGGACCUACGUUUCGUGUUAUAUUUUAGUUACUGAACUGGUGGGUCCCAAACGUCGAGUGAUUGCAGGAGCCACUAUGUCAACAAUAUAUGCGUUGGGGCAAGUUGUCCUAGGACUGGUUGCCUGGGGCGUGCCCGCCUGGCGUCCUAUGACGCGAGUUCUCUUCGCCCCACUGUUACUUGUUGUGACGUACUUCUGGCUUAUAUCUGAAUCUGUCCGCUGGCUCAUGAGCAAAGGUCGAUACGAAGAGUCUGAAACCAUUCUCAAAAGAGUAGCAAAAAUGAAUAAAAGAUCACUGUCAGAUAAAUCCCUGCAAGCACUCCGUGCCACCGCAGAAGCUGAGAAGUUACGAGUAAAAGAAAAGCCCAAGGAAUCUUGGUUGGCGAUUCAAGUCAUAAGAUCUCCCAUUAUGCUAUUGCGCUGUGUCGUUAGUCCAAUAGUGUGGAUCGGUACUACAUUGGCGUUUCAAGGAAUAAUUAUUAAUGCACUGAAUCUGUCAGGAAAUAAAUAUCUGAACUAUAUUUAUGUGUCUCUGGUGGAAAUCCCUGGUUACUGGACCGCCAUCUUGCUGUUGGAUCGAAUCGGCAGAAAGCCUGUGCUGAUCGGGGGAUUCUGGUUAUGUGCAGGUUGUCAGUUUGCAUUUGUUUUUAUACCAAGUGGAUACAACGGCUUAUCGCUUACACUUUACUUGGUUAGUAAAUAUGCAAUAUCGACCGUGAUAACCUCCGUGUACGUGUACACUACGGAGCUGUACCCCACGAAGUACCGCCACAGCCUGUUCGCCUUCACGUCGAUGUUAGGCCGCAUCGGAGCCAUCGUUUCUCCUCUUACGCCUGCACUGGCAUUAACAGUUUGGGAACACUUCCCAUCUGUGCUGUUCGGUUCGUUCGCGCUGCUGUCGGGGCUGCUGCUCUUGCUGACGCCGGAAACGCUGGGCAUCAAGCUGCCCGACACCAUGGAGGAAGCUGAGCAGUCCAGCUUGCGAACAAAAAAUGAUCUUAGCGACCUUUGUUAAUUUUUUUUUGUUUCAUCAGAACUCUUUUUGUUAUGAGCUUCCAAAAACAAUCACGGGCGCAAAUCACUUUAAUUUAUCAUUACUAUACAAAUCGCGUAAAAUAUCUCUAUUUAAGUUUUUGUAUGUUUGAACUUUUUAAUUAUAAUCUAG